GCGUGUUCCCUCAGGUUGUGGAGGGCGAGGCCGCCAUUUUGCGUGCUGAGUGGACGACAUUAUCACAGUCCUCCCGCGAGUCGCUCUGUUUGCACUAGGGGCGUUGAACCGAGCAAGACCGAAAACCCUGCCACAGAAUCGCCGCCAUGGAGAACGGAGGGGACCAGGAGGAGCCUAAAAUCGAGCUUUUCGUGAAGGCUGCAUCAGAUGGCACCAGUCUUGGGGACUGUGUGUUCUGCCAACGGAUCUUCAUGAUCCUCUGCCUGAAGAAGAUCAAGUUCAGUGUCACAACGGUAGACAUGACCAAGAAGCACCUCUUCAAGGCGCUGCCCUCCUUAGGCACCAAGAUCCCCUUCCUCAUGAUAGACGGGGAAGAGCCCAUCACCGACGUCACAGAAAUGGCCAACUACUUGGAAAAGAGGCUGGCGCCCCCGAUGUACCCCAAGCUCGAGCCCAACAACCCGGAGGCCGCCAUGGCAGGCACCGAGAUUUUCCAGAAGUUCUCCAAGUUCAUCAAGAACAGCAGCCAGGCCGACGAAGAGCGGUUGCAGCGCGCCCUCUACAUUUCGCUGGUACAACUUAACGAGUUCCUGAUCAGACGGCUUCCGGACGAAAUAGACGACGACACUGACGAGAACAGCCCCUCGGAGAGGAAAUUCCUGGACGGCGACCAGCUCACGCACCCCGACUGCAAUCUCCUUCCCAAGCUGCACCACGUCAGAGUGGCCACCAAGGCACUGAAGGGUUUCGAGAUCCCCCAAGAUCUUACAGGACUCUGGAGGUACCUUAAUUCGGCGUACGAAACCGAAGAGUUCAAGAAGACGUUGUAUCCGGACGAGGAGGUCACCAAAACGUGGCAGAAGCACAUGGGAAAGGUGAAAACUACCGUACUGAGGAGAGUCUAGUGCCCUGAUGUCUCGCGGGAAUGCUGUGCAUGUGGCACCCAAAGCCAGCUGAUGUGUUACUCAAUUUACAUUUCAAACCUGCAAAUGUAUAAUGACAAACUCUCUCGGUUACGAUACGUCACCCGCUGUGCCCUUGUACAUGUGUAUAUUUGUGCCAAAGACUGGACACGCCACGCUAGCAUCCCUCCCUCCAGUAUGUCCUACGUGUGUGUAUCUUCUGCACAGUAGGUCUAUCUCUUCUAUCUUACGUAUCAUCGAUUUUCAUAGCUAUUGUUUAAUGAUAUUGCUCUCGCUGGUCCGGAGACGGGGGCAGCCUGAUCCUAUCUCUCCUAUCAAACAUGGUAUUUUAUUGAUUUUGAACUGUAAUAUAUAUUGAAAGCUACUUUUUUUGCACUGUUAGUGGUGUAUAAUAGAAGUACGUAUAAAAGAAAAUGCCAUUUGAAUCCUCCCUAAGCUUUUGAGGAGCUUAGAAUGCUCAUUGUGGAAUGUAGAAAUGAAAUGUUCAACAUGUUACUGAGAUAGCGAUAAUUUACUAUAUAGCAAUGGAACAAAAUACUUAAGGUUUUCAUUAAUGGUUUCGACACCUGUUUAAAUGUUUAAAGUGUUAACUAUGACAACCAACACAAAAAGUACGUAGUCACUCCUUCAAGAUUAGUUUUGUGUUGAUCAACUCAGAUUUCUUGAAGACGAUCUGUUUCGUAGAUCAAUGUAUAUUCUGAUAUAGGAAAACCCUUUGUUACUAUCUAAGGUGUUACUUAAACUGUUACAGUCGGUGCUGCAGUUAAGGAGUGGAGUUAAGAUCGUAUACCAAUGAUCUGUGUAUGUGCUCUUCUGCUUUGCAAGAUAUAGCACCGCCUCUGGUUAGGGUUGCACCAUGUAACCACGGGUUGGAAUAUUACAGUACUUAUUAAAGACAUUUACUGGA